CGCCCUCCCAAGCUUGAAGGCAAUCUUUCUCUCGCUCACAAAUCUCCCAGGAUUUAGCUGUUCGCUGCCUCAGCGUGACUGUGCUUUGAGACGAGAGGGUCAUCUUGUGCGGGGCCUGAGACAUUGCGAGACAUUCUGCAGUCAUGGCUUCUCUCCAGGCCGUUAUCACCGCUUCCCCUGCCUCCUUCGCUGCGUCCUCUAGAGCCGUCUCCUCCCACUCGGAGACUGCUGCCGUCUUGGUGCCUUGCGCCAGCAUUUCCUCCCGAGGCGUGAGCACUUCUUGCCUGGGCUUUGUUGCCUCCAGCGGGCGUAAUGCUUCGUUGAAGUCCUUCGAGGGCUUGAGGGGUUUGAAUGCCAGUGGACCCACCUCCGCCGUGGAGAGCCUGAAGGCCGAGAGAAGAAGCAAUGUGGUUGAAGAAGCCGGAUACCAGCCUCUUCGGGUGUAUGCCGCGAGGGGAAGUAAAAAGAUUGAGGGGCGAAAGUUGCGAGUGGCAGUUGUCGGAGGUGGCCCUGCCGGUGGAUGCGCUGCGGAGACUCUUGCCAAGGGCGGAAUUGAGACAUUUCUCAUUGAGCGAAAGUUGGAUAAUGCUAAGCCAUGUGGGGGAGCUAUUCCCCUUUGCAUGGUCGGAGAAUUCGACCUGCCGCCCGAAAUUAUCGACCGCAAAGUGACGAAGAUGAAAAUGAUUUCGCCUUCCAAUGUUGCUGUCGAUGUUGGUAAGACUCUGAACGACGACGAGUAUAUUGGUAUGGUUAGGCGAGAGGUGUUGGACUCGUUCUUGAGGGAGAGGGCUCAAAAGAACGGAGCGUCCAUCAUCAACGGGCUGUUCUUGAGAAUGGAGGUUCCCAAGGAUAAUGAUAGCCCCUAUAGGCUGCAUUACACCAAUUUUGAUGGCUCUUCGAAGAUAGGAACUCCUGCGGUGUUGGAAGUCGAUGCUGUAAUUGGAGCUGACGGUGCCAACAGCAGGGUGGCCAAGGACAUUGACGCUGGUGAGUACGACUACGCCAUCGCUUUCCAAGAAAGGAUUAAGAUUCCUGAGGAUAAGAUGGAGUACUAUGAGAACUUGGCAGAGAUGUAUGUCGGUGACGAUGUGUCGCCAGACUUCUACGGGUGGGUGUUCCCGAAGUGUGACCACGUUGCAGUCGGAACGGGGACGGUCAUCAACAAGCCAGCCAUCAAAAAGUACCAGACGGCCACGAGGAACCGGGCGAAGGACAAGAUUGCCGGAGGAAAGAUCAUCAGGGUUGAGGCACACCCCAUUCCGGAGCACCCAAGGCCUCGCAGGGCGAGCGACAGAGUGGCGUUAGUUGGGGACGCGGCUGGAUACGUGACGAAGUGCUCCGGGGAGGGUAUCUACUUUGCUGCUAAGUCUGGACGCAUGUGUGCUGAGGCUAUUGUGGAAGGCUCCGCCAACGGAACUCGUAUGAUUGACGAGUCAGAUUUGAGGACAUAUCUAGAUAAAUGGGACAAGAAGUACUGGGCAACUUACAAGGUGCUGGACAUAUUGCAGAAGGUUUUCUACAGGUCCAACCCUGCCAGAGAGGCAUUCGUCGAGAUGUGCGCCGACGACUACGUGCAAAAGAUGACGUUUGAUAGUUAUUUGUACAAGGUGGUGGUGCCUGGAAACCCAUUGGACGACCUGAAGCUAGCAGUUAACACUAUCGGGAGCCUGAUCAGAGCCAAUGCAUUGCGCAAGGAGUCUGAGAAGAUGACCGUAUAGGUGUGGCGCUGGAAAUCUUCUCAGUUGAUAUUGGCCAGUCCUCCUGGAAUUGUAAAAUUGUAGUGGUAUAUUCCGAGGCUCCCGGGCACGGCUCUGGUUUUGGUAAUCAAUUUUGACUACCAUUCAUUUACUUGUAGAACAGAGUAAGUAUCCUUUUAGUAUCCCGGGAUUAGGAAUGCUAGAUAAUACUUUGCAGCUAAUUUAACCGGCUCUGAAUUUACUAAGCGUCCUGCGCGGUUUGACACAUCCUGAAUUCUAAUUCUCUCAGAUGUUGUUCCCUUGAUGGCGAA